AUGGGCGUUGUUCCAGGCGUUUUAAUUAUGUUACGUUCUGUUCCUCCCAAACAUAGAAGCAUUUCUUUGGGUUUUAAUGGUUUUCUUGUUAGUUUACUUGCAACUUUACCUUCCCCAAUCAUUUGGGGUGCAAUAAUUGACAAUUUUUGUCUAUUUUGGACACAAAAGUGUGAUAACAAAGGGGCAUGUGCUUUAUAUGCAACAGACAAACUUCGAGUUUGGCUUCAUUCACUUUAUGGUGCUCUUCGUCUUCUCUCUUUUAUUGCCGAUCUUUUUGUUAUUUAUCAUUCUAAAGGGUUAAAGUUAACAGAUUCUGAAAAUGAAAAAUUGGAAGAAGAUAAAGAAGAAAGUAAAAAGGAGAACGGAGUUGGUGAACAAUUAGAACAACAAAAAGAAUUUGAGGACAAUGAUUUAGAAAGGUAUAGGGAAUAAGGAAAUCUUUUUGAACUCCCACAAUUAGGGUUGGGGUUUUCGAGUUGGGCCGACGUUCGAGUCAUUUCUUUCGGGCCUCAUUUUUAUCGAGUCGGCCCGACCGUCGAUGCCCGACUCGAUCUUUCGGACCAGGCCGGAUCGGGCCUCCAACCCUACCCAUAAUAUUGGAACCUUGUGAUAUUUGGAAUAACUUAGAUCAGCCUCCCGUGACAACCACUAAUCUCUCUCGAAAUGAUGAAUCUUUUUCACGAAUCCCUUUAAUAGUUUUAUCGAUAUUCGAGUGCCUAUUU